CCCCGCUCCGCUCGUCCCCAGUCUUCUCAUCUCCCCUCCCCUGCUCCUCCAGCGGAAGCCACUAAACCCCUCGCCUUCCUCCCCUCCCCCUCCCGGAGAGAGAUCAAAUACGCCAAAUCCCCGCUCCCCGCGCUAAACCCUCCGAUCCGAUCCGGCCCUCCGGAUUCGGAGCCGCUGCUGUUGCCGCGUCCCGGUCCCCCUCCCAUUCCGCCGGCUUCACCGCCCCGAUCAGUCCCCAGCUCGGGCAUCGGAGAUCGCCGUGGCACCCACGCUCGUAGAGCAGGAGUGGAGUAGCCCUCGCCGCGCGCUGUUGAUUUAUGUCGCCUGCUCUGCUGCCGCUCCAUGGUUCUGAGCUCCCGUCGACACCAGCCGCCUCUUGCUCCCUUCUCCUCCAGCCUUGGCAGAGGGGCGCCAGAGCCUGCUGGUCUCGCUUCAGGAUCUCACGUUGCCAUCGCGAUCCGCGCGAGCUCCCACGCUGAUCGCCCUGCGCUGCCGCCUCCCCCUCUCGCCUCUAUGCCUGCCUCUCCCGCGCCACCGAGUUCUGCCCCUCCCACGCCGCCACCCACGUCUCCGUCUCCACCCCCAGCCACUAGAUCGCUGUCAACAUCGACCGCGCAGAGCUCUUCUGCCCCGCCUACGGGGACCAGGUCUACGAUCCUAAUUUCGAGACCGUCGUCAAUGAGGAGGGCCGACAAGUCCAUGACACUGCCCCGUCCUCCGCCGCCGCCUUCCCGUCUCGAGAUUUGGAUUUGGGGUAAAGUACUCUGGGUUUCUGCAUUUAGACCCUUGCUUCUUACUUUGCCGUACUUGAGGCAGUAACAAUUCAAGAAUCCCCCAAAUCACAACAAAUCUUGGUCUGCUUUGGGUGGAUUGAGUUCGGCACCCAUCUUUUAGUUCAGACAAACAAUCAGAAUUCUGAUUUCUGAGACGUCUUCGACGAAGAGAACAAUCCUCCGAGACAUCUUUCUCCAGUUUUGAUCUGAAGUUGGAGAGAAUCUUUGUUCUGAUUUUACGAGAUUCCGUGCUGCAGCUGUAGAGCAGAUCAGGAGUCUUUGUCCCGAUUUUGUGUAAACAUUCUACUCGUUAUCAGUUGAGGGAAGAAUUCAAUAUUAUCUUGACCUGACUUGGAAUCUGGAAGUUUGCUACAAGAUGAUGCCCUCAAUGCAGAAGGUCCGCAUUUUCUGCUGUGAUCCUGAUGCUACCGACUCCUCCGAUGACGAAGAUGAUAAGAAAGCCUACAAGGAAAAGAAAAUGAUUAGAGAGGUGCUAGUUCCGGUGAACUCUAAAACCUCAAAACCUCUGAAGACCCUCGUGCCAUGUGGGAUGAAGGAUCGGAAGGGUCCAGAGAAGGAGCCAACGAGCAGGUACCGUGGUGUGCGCCGGCGGGCCUGGGGUCGGUGGGCAGCAGAGAUUCGCGACCCUGUGAGAAAGACCCGGAAAUGGAUCGGCACAUAUAACACUGAGGAGGAGGCUGCUGCGGCAUACCAGGCAUAUGCGAACCAGUUCCGCGCAGAGAAGCUGGCCAUGAAAGCUCAACGGUUUGUAUCAGAACGUGCAGCUUUGUCCAGCUCGUCCUCGGUCUCCUGCGUUUCUUCAUCCUUCUCGUGCGAGCAGGAGGACCAAGAACAGCAUCACAGACUAUUAAAGGAGAUAUGCCCUGAGUCUGUGGAUGAAAGCUUACUGAACUUUUCCCCCACACCUAGAGCCAAGGAGAUUUCAGUGGAUGCCUUGCUAGGCCGGAUAGAUGAGCUUCCUGUCAGUGACUCUGUCAGCCUGGCUGAUGAACUCCCGCAUGAUGAUUUCACCAGGCUGGAAGAAGUGUUCCCGAUCAGUGAUUUUAUCGGUGCGACACAUGAGCCUCUGGAUAAUGACUAUAUUGGCCUGGCAGACAUCAGCCACCUGCCUUUUCCAAUUAAGGACCCAGAGUUCGACCUGGAUGUGGAGCUUGAUUGGAAUGGGUUCGACUUCGCUUCAAUGGAACAUGAACUCGAGGUCCUUUGAGGCUGCAUCAGAGAUGUGUUUACUGAAACCGGCUCUUGAUGAUGUUGUAUUAUGUGGAAACCUGCUCUUCAUGUUCACUGAGUUGUCCGAAUGCUUCAAUGAAUUCAGACUUCAGUCUAAUAUGUAACAAGUUUCAAGUAAUAUGCACAUAUUCUAAUCUCAGAUCUGCCAUGAGUUGAUCCUGAUAAAUCUUCACUUGUUUGCAGUC